UAACUUCAUUGAUACUAUACCACAUUCUGCUUGGUGAUUUCGGCGGGAGUGUGAUGUUGGACUGUUGCCCUCCCUCACUGUAGUCUCGAUUGUGGUGAUAGACUGAUCCGUAACUUAGACCGAGCCUAGGUUAGAAGGUGAUAUUUGGUUGAGAGUUGGCGAAGUCAUGGAAUGUGAAUUUCAAAUUAAGACUGACCAGUAGUAUUAAAAUUCUUUCCGUGAUUUUCGUCAUAAAAACUAAAACCGCUAGAUAAAGUACGAUGACUGCAAGGAGGGGCCCACUAUGUCGCUUUUACCAUGGAAUUGAUGCCUCUUGCCAUCGAAUCCAGAUGUUGAAAAAUCACCAGAUUUUGCUGCCAUAAUGAAGAAUUUGAUGAGCCGUAUAUCUGUCUCAGGCCUAUCAAAAGAAAAAGAAGAAACUAUCAUUCAGCAACUGAAAACACUGAAGAAACAUCAGCACAUUUUUUUAAAAAAUCAAUUUUUGUAUGAUACAAUGAAAGUGUACUGUGCUGGAGAUAAUUCGGGGAAACCUUUGCUUGACAAAACUGGUGCAAUUAUUGCAACAGAAGAACUGCCUUCACAUAUCAGAAUACAAAAACUUUCUCCAUUAACACCUGAAGAAGUGCAGGAAUUGAGAUACAUAGCAGCUGAGAGAAUUAUAGUGAGAAGUGCACACGUGAAAAAUCUAAUGUAUGAGUCAGGACUGCAAGUUGCUGAAUGGCUUCCACUUUCUGAGGGUGAAAAAAUAGUCACUAAAGCAAAGAAGAUCUUGAGUGAAGAUUUUAAAGCAUACUAUACAGUAGCACAUUUAUAUUUGGAUAAAACUCUGACAUUAUGGCAUACAUGCGACAAAAGUUAUAAUGCAUAUCUUAGUAACUUGAAUUGGCUUGAGAAAAGAUGUUCACUUCAUCAUCUCAAACUAAGAAUUCUUGAAUGCAGGAUUUCACUGGCGUUUUAUUCUGAAGAACCACAACAAAUAGAGGCUCUUGAAUUGUUAGAAGUUCUUUUGAAGGAGAAGUUGAGUGAACUCAGAACUGAACUUCAGAAACUACAGUCAACAACAACCCAAUACAAUAUGCUAAAGGGUACAGAAUAUGAUGCCAUUCUUCAUCAGUAUAUUGAUGUGUUGAGAAAGCUGAAAGAACAGGCAUGGACACUGAAUCAAAUGUCAAACAGUUAGAGAGAGAGAGAGAGAGAGAGAGAGAGAGAGAGAGAGAGACCAUGUUUACAGUACUUGAAAUAAAUUAAAAGGUACAUUUAUUAAUUAUUAGUUACCAACAAUUGAAUCUUUUCAAUUAAUUCAGUGUGAUUUAUGGAAAAAAAAUCCUGAAUAAUUCAUCUGUAUUAUAGCUGUAUUGCCAUGUAUAUGUGUUGUAAACAUUUAGAAAAGUUCUGUGGUUUCAGAGUAUGUCUUUGUUUAAAGGAAACAAGGAAAGACUAGCCAGAGUAAAAACCUACACUAACGCAACAUGAAUAUUUGUAUAGGAUGGGCUAGUUAAACAUAUAUGUUAAAAGAC